GGUCAUGCCUCGUCGUUCUUUACCUAGACCGAAGUUGUUCAACAUCGCUCCUAGACGACCUCCACGACUGUCGCGUCCGUCCUCCACACUCACCGCCGUUCCCGCCUUCCCCGACAUACCCAGUGACCCCGUCUGGAACGCAAAGCUAAAUCAAUUCAAACGCUCUCUCAUCUAUUCCACCCACCCUUCCCAGGUGUGGUCAAACUAUACUAGUCUCCUCAACUUGUCCGCCUUCGACCUCCUCCCCGCCGAAAUUCAUCAACAUGUAUUGCGUCGUUGUACCCCCCCAGCAACGGAAAUGCGAGCAACAGCUGCCCAUCGCCUCUUGACCGUCAAAGCAGGUUCCCCGCCCCACUCCUACGAAGGUCGAUUCCAGAUUAUCAUUCGGAACAUUCGUGCAACGGGUGUUGAACCCGCUUUGGACGACUACCAUUUCAUCCUGACACAUUUCGCUGCCGUCGGUCAUCCCGUGGGCUCUAUGCAAGUUUUUCACGAGCUAGUCUAUCGCGGCCACUCACCAGAGGAAAAAACAUAUGGCUUGUGCCUCCAGGCAAUUGCCCACCGUUUCACCUUGCCCAUUUUCAGGGACAAUCGGUUACGCUUGGUCGAGACAACACGGAGGAUGUUCACACAACUCAUGACCGACAUGCGUAAACGCAGCAUCCCAUUCAGCGCUGCCAACCUCGACUUGUCCAUGCGCGUGUUGAAGGAGACAUUGGAUCAAGAAGGGUUUGAUUCUCUCAUGAAGUGGGGGUAUGGAAUAGACUUGGCGAAUCCCGAUCGGGCUCCGUUGGAGUACAUCGAAGCUAUGAAGGCUAUACCCGAACUCCAGGGCGGGGAAAUCCUCUCCCCAUUGCCCUUCUCUACCAAUGCCCUCAAUACAACCAUCGACUUUCUCGGCAGAUCGGGCAACAUAUCCAAGCUCGUUCUAGCGUUCGAAGUUCUCACCCAACCACUCCCAAAAGCCAACGAAUACUUUAUUAGCUCCUUUGAUGACGAUGACGAUUUCGGGGUUGCGGGAGGCGCUUCUUCUUCCUCUUCUUUCUCUCCUCCCCACACAGUUCCCAACCUUACAACUUACAACCUCCUUCUACGGCACAUAUGUCACAUAGGCCAUCCAACACUUGCACGCCACUACUUUCUCCAAGCUAUCAAGCUGGAGAGGGAAACGGACAAUCUGAUACGAAAGAAACUGUUUGGUUGGACACCUCUGAUUUUCCAUGAACAGAUCUACGUUGGUCCCCGUUCUCGGCCUAAGUAA